UAGAUCGCCUGGCUUGACAGCGGGCAUCAGGUCACCAGGCAUGACAGCGGGCACCGGGUCAUCAGGUACCGGAUCGUCUGGAUCGACAGCGGGCACCGGGUCAUCUGGCGUUGGAUCGUCUGGCUCGACAGCGGGCAUCGGGUCACCAGGCAUGACAGCGGGCACUGGGUCAUCAGGUACUGGAUCGUCUGGAUCGACAGCGGGCAUCGAGUCAACUGGCAUAACAGGAUCAUCAGGCUGAAUCAGCUGGGUAGAGGCAUCAGGCUGAAUUGUUGGCACCGAGGCACCAGGCUGCACCACGGAAGGCAGGUUCUCAGAUGGGAGGCUGACCGGUUUGGAUACUGGCA